CGAGCUGUCUCUUGUUGGAUAUGCACUUGGCUCCUUCUUGUUGGAACCAUCCACACCCACAAUCCCCGCCUCCCUUUCUCUCUCUCUCUCUCUCCCCCCUCUCUCUUAUCUCAAAUCUACGUUCCUGGAAACCAUUAAUUACUACUUCUGAUCAGUCCUCACAAGGUGGAGGUAGUGGAGGUGGUGGCCGGUGUUGUUCAUGGCGCUGCUGAUCUCCUCUAUAUAACAGUGAUUCAGGUGGUGUUGGGGUCGGUCGGCCCCAAGAUCUGAGCCUUGUUUCUUCUAUAUUUUUAAAAUUUAUUGUCUGCAGUAUCAACAAAAAAGAAUGUGUUGUCAAUUGUCUCUCCAUUGAGACAAGUGUUGGAAUUGGAGGAAUAGGUUGGUGGGUGUGCCACUCAAAAAGCUGAUCAAAGAAGAGAUGAGAUUGAGUCAUGCUAAGCCACUCUUCUCCUCGUCUUCUCAAUGUUCUCAUUACUCAUCUCUUUGAAUAAUAAUUCCUUGUUUGGCAAGUCUAGUGGUUUUGAAUGGUUUCACUCUUUGAUUAGAAGAGAAACAUUGGGAUGAGUAGAAUCAUGGAAAGAUAGUAUUAUUUGAGAUGUUCCAUGAAUGAUAUUCUCAUAUAGAAUUUUGAGAGAUCAAAAGCCAGGGUUUCAAUUUUAUCAAGGUUAAUGGAACUGAGCAAGGAAAUGGGAUUUCCACCCUCCUCAGGCUAUAACCCUCUGGCAUCCGCGGGAUCUGGAGGAGGAGGAGAUGAUCAUCAUAAUAUUGAUAAUGGCACUACCGUCUUCAAACCACCUCAAAUCCCACACCAUCAUCCUCUUCUUCAACAACAACAAGAGCUGAAUCCGCAACAGCAGUCACUCGGCCAGGGAUGUGAUCCAGAUCCAGACCCAGACCCAGACCCAGUUCACGUCGCCGGCGUCCUUGCUGGUGCAACAAUUGCGUCCACUAUCGGCGGAUCGAACUCCAAGGCCUCCGUUAGGUAUAGAGAAUGCCUCAAGAACCACGCAGCCAACAUCGGCGGCAACGUCGUCGACGGCUGCGGGGAGUUCAUGCCCGAUGGAGAAGAAGGAACCCUAGAAGCUCUGAUGUGUGCAGCUUGUAACUGCCACCGGAACUUCCACCGGAAAGAGGUCGACGGCGAGACCAUCGGCAGGAGUGCACCUCACUUUCACCCACUCCCUCCAACUCUAGCAUCUCCGCCAUAUCUGCACCGCCAAAAAUUCCCAAAGGCCUUUCACGCACCCCCUUCAACAAUCAUCAUCCCUCCCAUGUCCAUGGCUUUUGGGACGAGCAUCGGCGCCACCGAGUCUUCAAGCGAGGAUCUCAGAGCCUUCGACUCCAAUGCCGGGGCAGCGCCACCUCCUCCUCCCCCUCCCCCUCCCUCGUCUCUGUCGAAGAAGCGGUUUAGGACGAAAUUCACUCAGGAGCAGAAAGAGAAGAUGCUGGAGUACGCAGAGAAGGUGGGGUGGAGAAUGCAAAAGCAGUACGAAGAACAAGUUCAACAGCUUUGUGCCGAGGUUGGUGUAAAGAGACAGGUCUUCAAGGUUUGGAUGCACAACAACAAGAACACCCUAAAGAAACAGCCACAGCCGCAGCAGCAACCCCCGCCAUUGUAACCAGCAAUUAAAUUGUACACUGUAGAUGGGUAUCAGAACGAGAAGAGAAUGUAUAAAGAGAAAUGAGGAUCAUUUGCAAAUCCCUUGGCAUCUACAUAAAUCCCAGCUCUCAUGCACCUUCAAUUCACACAAAGGUAUCAUCAUCUCAUCUCUAGAAUUCUCAAUUUGUUGGAUCUGAGAUUCUGCAUUCUCUGAAUUGAUUUUGUUUAAGGUUAUAUAUAUAUAUACUACUUAGUCAAUUCAACAUGCUUGCUUUUCAUUAAAUAUUAAUUAUUGUCCUUUUUAAAAUAAUAAUAAUAAUAAUAAUCAUGGGAUAUUAAUCAUUGAAUGCAUUUUAUGAGUUGUUUAAUCAUGUUACACGAGAUAUUUGAUUCCAACAUCAUAUUAUUAUUCCUAAUUUACAUGUCUUUAAUAAGGUUUAGUUAGUCGUGUUGACGGUCAACCCAUGAAUUCACGACUUUCUAGAUUUUGUUCCCAAAUAUACCAGGAUGAAUCAUAUUGAAUCAAGGAGUUUCUAAUCAUUUUUGUUGAAUCGUGAUUUUACUGUAGUCUUUUAUUAAAUGAAAAAUAAAUGAUGGACGUGUGGUAGAGGAGUAACAUAUCAACAUGGCCACAUGGCCAUGUGAGGUGAGGGUGAGGUGAGGGCCUAAGGUUAUCCCUUUUAUCGAUGUUGAUUAGUAUGUUUAAUCGUGCUUGACUGUUGAAGAUAGUAAAAGUACCGAUGGACGCGGCGAAGCGGGGAUUAUUUAAUUUUCUUAUACAUUACUAAAUUAGAGGGAAAGUUUGAAAUACGAAUCCCAUUUUAAUAUUGACUAAUUGGGUUGCUUGCGAGUCAAGGAUGUUAUGUCUGUGUGGCAUUAUAGCUGAGGCCCUGAGGGCAAUGGCGUGGACUCCAACGCUUUUUUAGUUUUUUUUUUUUUUUUUUUAAUUUCAUUUCUUUCCUUAUAAAUCCCUCUUUCACACCUCCUCUACACUCAUCUCUAAUCGUCAUCAACACUCGUACACAUGGCGGAGCGGCGUAACCCCAAAUCAAUCUCCCUCACCGUCUCAUCUUAAACCCUAAUCCCUCCCCCAAUUCUCUUCUUCUCAAACGACCCCCUCCCUCCCACAUGGCUGCUUCUGUCAACAACAUUGCAGCUACAUUCGCCACAGCGCCAAUUCCGUCAUCCUCUUCUUCUUCUUCUAAUCAAGCCACCUUUGCUCUUUCCAUGUCGCGUAAACCCAUUUCCACAUCAUGGAAUCCUCACAGAAGUCUUCAUCGGUCCCAAAAAUCCUUUUUCAUUAAUCUCUAUGGACCACCGGGCCCGCCGCCUCCCUUCCAAGAAAUCUCCACAGCCAGAGACCCCAGACUCGCAUCCAUUUCCAUAGGCGGGAAGCUCCCUAAUGCGACUCUCUCCUCCCUCGGCCCAAACGGCAGGGUUCAAAACGUUGACAUUUCGAGCCUCGCCAAGGGAAAGAAACUCCUUCUGGUGGGCGUCUCGGCCGCCUUCUCACCCAACUGCACUCGUUUCGUCAAACGGAUUGAGGCAAUGAAAGGGAAGAGCGCGGAUUUGAUAGCAUGUGUGGCCAUCAACGAUGAAUUCGUGAUGAGGGCGUGGGGCCAACAUCUUGGGGUUGGUGAGAAGGUGAUGAUGUUAUCAGAUGGGCGUGGAGAGUUAGCCACAGCACUUGGGCUGUCUACCCAUAUUCAGAAUGAUGUUAGCGCCGGUUCGGGAUUGGGUGUACGGUCCAGGAGGUUUUGCUUAGCUGCUGUCAACGGCCUCAUCACCACCGUUCACUUGGACGAUUCUGAUGAUUACUGCAUUUCUCACGCAACUGGACGGUGCUGAUAACUUCCCGAGGAAUCAGUGGUUACAUUUACUUCUCUUUUCUUUUGUCCAACCGGUAUUCAACGACGAAAAAGCAAUGUUUUUUUAA